ACUGGCCGAACCGAUCUGGUGCAAAAAUUGGUUAAAGAAGAGAUAGGUCUUAAUUUGAACGACCGACGACGCCUUUACCUCUACGGAUGCUGGUGUGGACUACGAGGACAAGGGAUAGUUUUGGACAACAUUGAUUAGUAAGUAAAAUCUCCCAUAAAUUUAAAUGAAUACUAAAUAAAUAAUAAUAAUAAUAAUAAAAACACAAAUGAUUGUUAAAAGGUAAUGGCAGCGAACACAUUUCUCUAUUGAGUCUGGCUAUAAUGACUGGCUACGGCAGCAACCAGAAAUAUUUUUUGGCAAAAAGGAUUGGAAUGCGGUGCUACUACAACGUUAAAAAUACAAACUACACUGUAUUUCGCACUGAAUUCUAUAUCUUGUCCUCCCGAACUAUCUGGUAUGAAACACUUGAAAAUUUUCCUUGAUACAACACCGGACAAAACUGUUGAGAUAGUUCCAUCUAUUUGCUAACUUUUGCGCCAUACUACGUCUCCUCUAAAACGAAGAAUGAGCAAGUCCCCUCGUCACAUGGUAUUUUGUUUUGGUCUAAAAACCAAAUAUAUAACUGCUAUGCUAUCCUAAACAGCUUUGGAUAUAAGGGAAGGGGGGAAAACAAGCAUUCGUUUGGCGAUGGUUUCCAUUUCUGCCAGGAUGACGGGAAAAAAUCGAAUAUUUUUGCAAUGUGUCUAAACAAAGUUUGUCCGAGGCUGUAAAUUUCUCUUUUUCUAGUGUUUCAUAAUUUGUUCCUUCGUUGUCAACUUUUCAACAGCAGGUGCAUGAUAAUAGAGCCUAUUGUCAGCUUAAUUCGGUGUCUUACAUCUAUGGGGAAACUGUAAGGCGGCCAAAGAAUCCAUCAGUCUUUGCUCGAUGAAAGCUGAGUACGAGUAAUAAUAACAGUACGUAGAGGGGAAACGAAAGCUUAAUAACUAAAGACAGCUGCGGUUGCUUUGAGUGUUGUAUGACCAUCUGUGGAACUGGAGCUCAGAACGCUUUAGAUAUUUAUUCAUUUAUUCAUUUAUUUAUUUAAAUUUAUCCUCAAACGCUUUCUUUUGUUCCAAUAAAUUUGAAUAGAUGCUGGUCACGUGAGUGAAAACACUCUAUACUUGUGCACAAGCUUAUGUAAACAACUCUUCAAACGAAACUUUUUCAUUCCAUUAACUCGCGGACUAUUCUGCUUUGAAACUUGCCAGAGAAUUAUUCUGGCCACAUUCACGGUCAUUGUGGUGUUGGUACUAUACUCCUCCCUCCUCCGCAGACACUCCCGCUGGGUACCCCAAUAAAAAUAACAAAUAACCGAAAAAUAGAAAGCGCGCGGGGGACGAUGGGAAGAGAGAACAUCGUGUCUCGCGCGCUUUCUUUUUCUUUCGCCCCAGCCUCCCUACAACACAAAGAGGCCUCUGCGGAGGAGAGAGACUGUACUCUGGUUGUGUAAACUUACUACAUUCACGGGUGAUAAAGACAGAUUGAAUCAAUUUAGGUUUCUAAGAAACUGCCCACCUACCCCUCCCCUAAGCCAUGGCCAUCAUUUUGCCCAAAGUGAGAAGAAAGUGUUAAUGUUAGCUUAGCGGAUGGGUAGGUGGGCAUUUUCGCGAAAAAUCUAAAUUUAUCCGACAGAUUCAGGUUUCUGAAGAAAACAUAAUUCCGGUAUUAGGGUCACCUACACGACCUACACUGGGGAGCCAACUGUUCCUACAUUUCCGUACAAAACGUAAUAAACCGUUUACUAAAGAAACAAAGAGUUGGCUCGAUCACCCUCCCUAGCCGAGCCAGCUUUUCUCCAUAUAAACUUUGGCUCACCAUCACCAUCACCAUCACCAUCACCAUCACCAUCACUAUCAUUAUCGUCAUCAUCGUCACCUUCGUUGUCGUCAUCAUCAUCAUCAUUAGUUGACUUAGUUUCUUUCUCAAGUUUUUCUACUAUUUUUUUUAGCUGUUGCAAAGUUCAUGAUUUUUGUGAGAAGGCAUACCUAAGAGACAGAGACAAAUGUGCAACAAAGUUCUCAAACAUCGACUUGGCCUUCCAGUACAACAAAGCCACCAAAAAAUGUAGUAAGUGCAUUUUGUGAUUGAUGUUUCAGUUAUGACAGAUCAGAUGGAAAAAAAGUUGAGGGUGCGUUUCUUUACUAAAAUCCAAGAUCAGAUCAAAAAUCCCGAUCAUUAGGAUUUUUGGUUGAGAAAAGAAAAGAUGUAUUCAAAAAGGGAUUAGUUUUCGAUUAUUUCCAUAGAAACGACCUACAAUAACGACGGUAUCCCGGAGAAAGAAAAGGGAGCUUAAGAUACGGAGACUACGGACUACGAACUACGGCUGGACGAACGUUGUCCUAUGUUUAUAGCACUGGGUUGAGUCGUGCAAAUAUAGAACGUUAAGAUUGCACUACCGACAGUAGACUACGAGAGAAGAGGCGGAGAGGGAAACAACACACAAAGAUUUUCUUGUUUUCAUCACAAUUCACAAAAAUGCAAGUCAGUUUUGCAUGUGAUUUUAUCUUUAGAACAAUGAACAAAUUCUUCUAUACUUGAAGGAAGCAAUUACGUCGGGUGAAAUUGGUAAACAAAGUUUUUGUUACACAGGUUUUAUUUUUUUCGCCCAUGAAUACUUAUGUCAAAUAUUAAAGAAGUAGACAGAAAUAGUAAUACCUCAUUUAUUAGAUUUGGAAGAUGGACUUCUCCGACUUCUGAUCUGAUGUUGUUUGAAGUAUUGAAAUGCCGAGUUUCGAUUGUCUCGAAGAUGUUUACAUCAUUUUCACUCAGCAAAUGUGAUGCAAAAUCUCGCAUAAACGAAGGUUACACAAGUAGAAAGACACACUAAUCAGUUCGAACAAACAUUGAAACUUUUCAAGUGCGAAGAGAAAGUAAAUUACCUGCAUGAUUUCUGUUCUCCUCGGCCGUCAAUCUGAAUUCUGCGUAUAAACAGCUAUUAAAGCUUAUUCAAAUAUGAGCUUAGCUAGCUAAAAAUCUAGUCACAACGGUGGAUUAAAAGCGCAAAUCUGAGCAGAAAUUAGGAACAAUCUACAUAUUUCGCUUCCCUCUCUCUUAAAGCAGGUGAAUUGAAACCUUUUUUACGAGAAGACGAGAUUCUUGAACUACCGAGACGGCAAAAUACGACCAAAAUGUUCUCCGUAGUCCCGACUACGCGAAACAGCUCAACAACUCACCGUAGCCGCAGGACUACGCGGGAAAAAUGAACAGUCACGUGGUUUUGAUCAUGCGCAGUAGCAUGUUAUCCGUAGUCGUAGUCCGUAGUCGCCGUAUCUUAAACUCCCUAAUAACACGGCUGUUGACUAAGGUUGCAAGUCUGCUGCUAUUUCACUGUAUUCUGGACGGUUAGCUUUAGGAUACUGCUUUAGAUAGGCCAAAUGAAGACGAUGUAUUCUCGAAAUAAGAUAUGUAUUGGAAAAGUAAAGUCUUGCAAGACGCGAAGGCGAAGUUGUGUAGAAGUUUUUUCCUUGUAACUAGAACAAUGCAGGUCCUGUUUGUAUUGCGAUUUUACCACCCCGAUAAAACGGAUAAAAUCGAUCGUUUAAUUCAUUAUUCCAGUUCAAAAAUGGACGUAAUGAUAAGCAGUCUUGUCAAAAAGCUGUUGUAUGUAUUAAAAUUGUUUCGGGUUACCGCUGGCAAUAUUCACUCUUUUCAGAUCCGUAGUAAAGAAACGUUUCGGAUCUUAUAUCCAAAGUAUCCGGUACUGGAUAUGAUCCAUAAAAUCCCCCUCCGUUGUGGAUCAUUUGGAUCAAUAAUUCGUUUUUGGAUUUAGUAAAGAAACGAAAUAUCCGUAAUCGGAUUAAAAAUCCGGAUUAGGAUUUUAGUUAAGAAAUGCACCAUGGAUUGUUAUAUAGCUGGAUUUUUUUCCUGGCAGCGCGCGCUUAUACAUAUACACGCGUAAUCGGAAUCCGAUUUCAAUCAUAAUUAAUUUAUUUAAAGUGAAGGGUGGUUGGCGGAUCGGAUCUCUCUCUGUGCUAUAGAAAGGGGAAAAUAAAAAACAAUAACAACAAAAUGAAAGAAGUACAGGAUAAAAAAAACUAAAAGCAAAAUAGGUUUACAGCCACGUAUGCGAAACACACGUCACAUGUGGAUCUUAUAAGCAAGUGAAGGGGGCGCUCCUUUAAUUGGCCUAAACGGGUAUUUGCCGCUGAGCGACGAAACGAUUUUUGGUUCUUAGGGUCUUGAGUCUAAACGAGAGUAUAAAAUUUCGCCAUUCAGUGUAUUGAACAGGAAAGACUUUAAGUGACUGUAAAGGCUAGAGAUGAGCUGUCUACGUUUGUGGAAUCCACAUUUUUUUUUUAUUAUUUUUUUUCAAAUAAUCUAAUUCUAUGAUGUCACUUUGAAACUGGUGUCAGUUCGAAAGGACCCAGGUUCAUGAAAUAAGGCGUCUUGUGUUAAAGGGGUUACGUUACGAGAAUAUUUCUGUCUUAGGUUAUUUCUGUGCUUAAGUCAUUACUCAGUGCCUUUACCAAUACACAAAAUGCUCAUGUUGCUCAAGAUAUUAGACAACUUUCAUCAGGGAACACUAACCACAAUAAUAUUUUGGUGAUUUGUGCAGGCAUUGCAAUAAAAUUUGAAAAAGUCGGCCCAAUGUUUUCAAGAGAUGAGAGAUGAGCUGUCUACGUUUGUGGAAUCCACAUUUUUUUUUUAUUAUUUUUUUUCAAAUAAUCUAAUUCUAUGAUGUCACUUUGAAACUGGUGUCAGUUCGAAAGGACCCAGGUUCAUGAAAUAAGGCGUCUUGUGUUAAAGGGGUUACGUUACGAGAAUAUUUCUGUCUUAGGUUAUUUCUGUGCUUAAGUCAUUACUCAGUGCCUUUACCAAUACACAAAAUGCUCAUGUUGCUCAAGAUAUUAGACAACUUUCAUCAGGGAACACUAACCACAAUAAUAUUUUGGUGAUUUGUGCAGGCAUUGCAAUAAAAUUUGGAAAAGUCGGCCCAAUGUUUUCAAGUUUUAAUCCAUGCCAAUCCUUGCCAUCCGUAGAAACAGACGACAGGAAACAGUUUCAGUACCCAAAUGUAGUCUUACAGAACAAACCAGGACCUUUUUUAGGGGAAUUAAAUAGAUGCGAAGACAUGUUUUAGCUUUGAAAAAAGAUAGUGACUAGCGUGACAAAGUCUCUUUAAACAGGGCAGCAAAAUAUUGAACAAUAAUUGUCUUAAACUCUGUCUUGAUUUGAAUGGCUCGACGGCGCAUUUCGACCCAAACUUCCCUUAAAUGUCUCAACCCCCGGGGCUCAUAGGUGAUCUUGAUACUCUUAACAAAACUCUAUGUAUUUCAGUAGUUACCAUAGUUACCAUAGGUAGUCUCACACGAGGGCGUUUCAUGAGAAGUCAUAUUUCCUCCCCUCUCAUGCACAUUCUGUGUUUGUUAGGAGAAAGGAAAUAGGACUGCUCUGAAAACGUUGAGUGGGAGGGACUCGUAGUUAGAACGCCCGCACUAUUUGAAUCCCACCAGAGACUCAAAAAGGUGGCUUCUUUGUUUCACACUCGGCGAUCAUAACAUAUUUCCCGACAUUUUCUUAGAAUUCAAGAUUUUUAAGCUUAGCAUAAGAAACCAAUUCCACAAAAAAUAUAAUAGAGUAGAGAGACAUGCUGCUAAAGGUCUGUAGUCUAAAAGUGGUUAUACUCUAUACUGAGGGUAAAUAGAAUUAUCAUUCGUUGCAAAUUCUUCUUCCUUUUCAUUGGACGAGAGCCCACCACGUGACUUCCAAAAAACUGCCUAAAAAUAAUGGUCUGCUCAUGCGCAAGUCGUCCAACUUUGUUUGACUUUCACCGGCGAAAAAUGUCUGCGCAUGCUCUACUAAAAAUGACACUUGAUCGAUUUCGGGUAAUGUCAUUGGCUCCAACGCGAAACUGCCCGCGAAAUGUUGUUCAGAUGAGAGAAGCGAUGGUAGGUUUUUUGGGCAGUGACAGCGUUGCAAUUUCUUGCCAUUGUAAGAGAUCAAAAAUUAUUUUGGUAAAAGUUUUGACGGAAGUGUCUUCUCUAGAGAAUGUAGCGUCCUGAAACCGGCGAAAAAUCGCAUUGGCAUGGUCUGAUUCAGUGUUAUUGACGCUGAGAUCGCUGGUUUGCGUGAGGAAGACAUGCUGAAAAGGUGGGUAAUUUUUACUCUUUUUGUUUACUGCAUGUUCCUUGCAACUCGGUACAAAAAGAAAUUAUAAAGUAGUGGAAGAAAAAUUAUUGGGCUUUGUUUUGGUAUAUAAAUUAGCUUGUACCGAAUUGCACGGAAGCGACAGUCUUGUUAAAUGCGUAUCCCGUUUUUGUGUCAAAAUUCGACUUCGAUUGUGAAUCUAACAUUCGAUAACAUUCGACUGUUUAUCGAAGAGCGUAUUACAACGCUAUUCAAAUUUUUUUUGUUGUUUACUUCAAGUUUCUUAUCACGGAUUCAACAAAAAAAAAAAAGGAGAGGGACAGACAUUUUUAAGCUUUGUUUUGUUAAUAUGACUUAGCUUGUACUUUGUUGCUGGAAAAACUGUAUUUAGAUGCUAAAUCUCCGCGUGUUUACACUGUUUAUGGCAGAAAAAUAAGCUUACACCUGGUUCAACUUAAUCUUGUGUCACUCGGUACAAAAGAAAAUUAUAAAGAAGGUCAAGAAAUAUUCUUAGCCGUUGUCUUGCUGUGUAAAUUGCCUUGUGGCUAGUGGAUCGAAAGCGGCCGGGUUGCGGCAGUUUUCUAAAGUGCGACGUUCAAAACGUGAUUUUGUCGAUCGAUGCACAUUUCAUUGUUGUUGCACAUUAUUACAGCUUUGUAAUUUGAGUUUUAUCCGAACUGUCGAAUGAGAAAAUGUGAGAGUGUUUUCAUUAAAACGCUUAGACCGUCUUGGAGCUACAGUUCGAUAGGUCCAGCAACAUUCUGAUUUGUAAAAUAAUUCUGUUUACAAUGUGCACAGCUGCUGUACAUUUAGGCUUGCAAUUUUAUAAUUGAAGCAUCGAGGUUUAGAUUAAUUUGCUCAUAAAUUUGGUUUGGGAUUAUCCACACAACGAGUUACUAGCUACUUUCCUCGUUAGGAACUGCAGUUACGGACAUGAUUUCCUCCGUGUACAUUUUUUUUUUUAAGUUUUUGCAAACAAGGUUUUCUGUAGGGGGUGCUUCUUUGCUUGAAAAUUGUAUCCUGGAAGGAGAUGAACUGGGUAAUUUUCCUGUGAAUGCUUUUGUUUUUCUGUCCAUCGUUUUCGGCUUAAUUUUUUUUGGAGCAAAGUUAUCAAUGAAUGAUAGAGUGAACAUGCUAUUAUGUAUUCAAAAGUUCUUUCCAAGAAAAAAAAAAUAAUCAUCACAAAUUAAACUUACAGGAGUUUAAAGUUUGGAGUAAACUUUGAGUCUUUAUGAAGUUUUAGUUGGAUCAUGUUGAUGAAUGUAGUUGUGUAGGAUAUGCAGUUUCCAAUUUUGAUCUUCUGCCAAAAUUAUGAGAGAACACUCAAAUACAGAUCUCAUUUAAACUUUAUAGUUUCAUUGUAAUUAUCGUUUGCUUCUAUUCCUGUAAACUUAUUAUCAGGUCUACAUUUUGCAUGAAUUUAAUGUGAUAUAUAUUUGAAGAGGUUGUUGUUUCACAGUGAAGUAGUUUUUACUUUGUUUUUUUUUUUAUAUGAACUUGAGUUUCUUCCUAGUUGUUGGCUAAGGCAGUGUUGAGGUAUCUGACAUGUUAACAUACUUUAUUGUUCAUUUCUCUUCAGAAAAGAUUGAUUGAUCCUGAAUCAAACAAAGUGCAGCCUCACAGACAAGAUUUUUAACGAACAAAUGUGUACUCAAGCAAAACAUGUGUCCCUGACAGUGUCAAUAAAAUUUAUUCAUGGAAAGAUCUGGGUUUUUACUCCUUUGUAGCACUUUUGACUACGCAUCACUUUUCUAACCUUUGUACUAAAAAGAUAUAAGAUAUAAUCAGUAUUUUUUUCCCACUAACAUAUUGCAAUCAAAGUUCUCUUCUUUUAUAUAUAGUAUUCCCGAUUCUCAUUAUCUUACUCAGAUCAAGCACAGUGACCAUAUUGAAAAGAAAAAAGAAAAAAAAAACCUGCUCGGUCAUAGACGGUUUAAAGUUUUGAUAUUAAAAUUGCACCCGUUCAUAAUGAAAACAACAUGAAUGCAGACACUAAGGUUCAUUUAGCUCAUGUUCAAGCUUUUUUUUAUAAAUUAGAAAGUCUUUCUGGAGAAAACAUAAUUUUGCUCUAUCAUUUUGGUAAAAAAAAAAACAACAAUAAAAUAACUUUUUGGUAUCUAAGCAAAUUCAAAGUACCCAUAGAGUCUUAUUUCUCCGCUGCAUUGAGCUGUGAACAAAGGCCGUUCUUUCUAGUGACCCGGCUUUUUUCAGAAAUAUUGUUGUCCUUCGUGACCGUGACAAGUCCAAAGUUGAAUCCGGUAAACCGGCCAAAACGCGAGCAUGGCAGGGAACGAAUCCCACAGGAAUAGGUGAAAAUGGAUAAUAAAAAGUCUAGGCUAUUCUAAAAAUAUCCAUAUAUACAUUUGUAACUCAUAUUAAGCCGCAAUUAAUCUCCUUUCCACUGGAAUAAACAAACGAUGGAGGUAUUGCCGCCAUUUUGAAUUUGGCAAUGUCACGUGGUCGCGCGUCGACCAAUCAGACAUUUUUCGCCGGUGAAUUUUUGACUGCAAAUAAUAUUCUGCCCAUGCGUAAAUGACACCACGCUUUUCUCCUUUUUGCGAUCGCUUGGCAGGUCGCUUCGCUUCCCGAAGAUAUUCCUUUAAAUAAAACUCGGUGAUCGAACGAUAAAACAGUUAUUGUACUCGGUUAUCGCAAAAUAUCGUGAUUUGUCAGUGUCUCACGAUGUUUUGCUCAACCCUUGUCCAAUAAUUGUAAAUUACCUAUAACUAACCCGAGCCUACUUAUACUUGCUAUUAUAGCUCCAGUGAGUGGAUAUGGUACAGAUGACAUAGAAAAGGCGAAGUGUGGAUAUGCCACAUGUCUCUGCGAUAUGGAGAUGAUUCGAUGUUUUAAACACUAUAAGGAAGACCUCGACUUGGAUAAGUACCACGGAUGGGAAAUACUUCAAAAGAAAUCAUGUGCUUUCAAAGGUAACAUUUUCUUUAUGAUAAAGGGCUUUUUAUAUUGA